GGCGUUAAGAGAGCUGGCGUUGCAAGGCUGCUCUCCAUAAUCUUUGAGAAGUCAUGGAGAUCAGGGGAUGUCCCAGAAGACUGGAAGAAGGCUAGUGUCACCCCCAUCUACAAGAAGGGCUUACAGGACGACCCAGGAGAUUAUAGGCCCAUCAGUCCUGGGAGGGUUAUGGAACAAAUCCUCCUGGGGGCUAUCACAAGUCAAAUGAAGCAUGUGAUUGGGAGAAGCCAGCAUGGGUUCACCAAGGGCAAAUGGUGCUUGACAAACCUGAUUGCCUUCUACGACAAAGUAACCUGCUUGGUUGAUGUGGAGCAAGCAGUGGACGUUGUCUACCUGGAUUUCUCCAAGGCUUUUGAUACAGUUUCCCACAGCUUCCUCCUAGAGAAACGGAUGCGUUACGGUCUAGACAAGUUGUCUGUGCGGUGGGUGGGGAACUGGCUGGCGGGCCGCACCCAGAGGGUGGUGGUAAAGAGCUCCUUUUCAAACCGGCAACCUGUCACAAGUGGGGUCCCCCAGGGAUCAAUACUGGCCCCAACACUGUUUAAUAUCUUCAUAAGUGAUCUGGAUGAUGGGAUCAACUGUACCCUGAUGAAGUUUGCUGAUCACACCCAACUGAGUGGGGAAGUGGACACUUCGGAAGGGAGAGCCACCCUGCAGGAAGGCCUGGAUAGGCUGGAAGCGUGGGCUGACAAGAACCUUAUGAAGUUCAGCAAGGACAAGUAUAAGCUCUUGCACAUAAGUAAGCAGCAGCUCCAGACAAUCAAAGAUCGUUUCCAGGCCUUUCUCAAUGGAGAAACACAGAUUGUGGCAGAUGAAGCAUUUAUAAAUGCUGUCCAGAGCUACUAUGAGGUGUUCCUAAAAAGCGACCGUGUUGCUAGGAUGGUGCAGAGCGGAGGGUGCUCGGCAAAUGACUCCCGGGAGGUCUUCAAGAAGCACAUUGAGAAGAGAGUGCGCAGCCUGCCAGAAAUUGAUGGCCUCAGCAAGGAGACGGUCCUGAGCUCUUGGAUGGCAAAGUUUGACGCUAUUUACCGUGGGGAAGAGGAUCCCCGCAAGCAGCAGGCCAGGAUGACGGCGAGCGCUGCCUCAGAGCUCAUCCUCAGCAAGGAGCAGCUCUACGAGAUGUUCCAGAACAUUUUGGGGAUCAAGAAAUUUGAGCAUCAGCUUCUGUACAAUGCGUGUCAGCUGGACAACCCAGAUGAGCAAGCAGCACAGAUCAGACGCGAGUUAGAUGGACGUCUUCAAAUGGCAGAGCAAAUUGCCAAGGAGCGCAAGUUCCCGAAGUUUGUGUCCAAAGAAAUGGAAAACAUGUACAUUGAGGAGCUGAAGUCAUCUGUCAAUCUCCUGAUGGCAAACUUAGAGAGCAUGCCUGUGUCUAAAGGAGGCUCCGAGUUCAAGCUGCAGAAGCUGAAGCGCAGUCACAACACCUCAAUAAUUGACAUGGGAGAAGAAAACGAGAACCAGCUGUCCAAGUCAGACGUUGUGUUGUCGUUCUCUCUGGAGGUUGUCAUCAUGGAGGUGCAGGGUCUGAAGUCGCUGGCCCCCAACCGCAUUGUGUACUGUACCAUGGAAGUCGAAGGUGGGGAGAAGCUGCAGACUGACCAGGCUGAAGCCUCAAAACCAAC